AUGCCUUGUUCUUUGGCCAGGUUGUUUCUCUUAGGCCUGAAGACGUACGGAAAAGGGGAUUGGAGGAAAAUAUCACGCAACUUCGUGCGGACGAGGACGCCGACGCAGGUGGCCAGCCACGCUCAGAAGUACUUUAUCAGGCUCAGCUCAGGGACGGCAAGGAGGUCGAGCAUCCACGACAUCACCACAGUUCACCUGACCGACGACCAGCCUCCCUCGCCGUCCCAGUGA